AUGCAUGUUGAACCUAUGGUUAAUGAAGAUGAUCCCACUUUUAUUGAAAAUGUUGGUGAACCUAAUGAAAUGGGUAUUAACUCCAAUGCUGAACUAAAUGUUGAACCACAUGUUAGACCUUCAAGUGCACCAUAUGUUGAACCUCAUACUGACCCCGCCUCUAGAAAAACUAUAGUUGAUUUACAUGCCUUUGAUACACAUGUGAAUGACAUCUUGGAUGAAGAUGGUGAUUCGUCUAAAGAUUCGAGGGAUGAGAACCCUCGAAAUGAAGAGCCUGGAGUUCAAGGUGAAAGGAAUGGAGAAGCUGGUGAGGUUGAUGAUAUUCCUAUUGCCAACAUAUGA